GUAUAGGCCUAUCACGAAGAAGCAAUCGAACACCACAGACUCCACCUCUCCGGCUUCACACAUCCCAGACACCACUCGACCACCGGCCCGAGCGACGGCGGCUGCGCAAGAUGAACCAGCUCUCUCUUCUCCACCGCGCCCUCCACCUACCUCGCCCCUCUCCCAGGCGCGGCCAUGGCUUCACGGCCGCCGCCGCCGCCCGCGCUCGCCUCUCCUCCCCUGAACCCGCUCCGCAGCAGCAGCCAGCCGUGCGCCUGGCCAUAGCAUCUCAAGAGAGCGUCGAGGCAGCCGUGGCAGCUACGGAGAGCAAUAAGCUGCGGCAGGAGGCCGCGGCCGGCGGCGGCAGGACGUGCGCGCUGCCGACGUGGGCGCUCGUCGGCGGCAUCGCGGCGGGCACGGCCGCGGCAGUCCUGCUCUCGGCCGGCGCCGGCCCCGCGCUGGCGCUGGGCCCCGAGGGCCCGCUGGUGGAGGAGUUCUGGGACAACAUGCGGCGGUACGCGCUGUACGUGGUGACGGUGAGCACGGGGGUGGCGUACACGGUGCUGCAGCCCAUCGUGGAGCUGCUCAAGAACCCCGUCACGGCGCUGCUCAUCGUGGCGGUCCUCGCCGGCAGCGGGUUCCUCGUCUCGCAGGUGCUCAACGCCAUGGUCGGCAACUCCGACUUCAUCUACAGGUACGAGUAACGGCGGCGGCAAGCAAGCGUGUGGCGCUGAGCGAGCCCUCCGCGCCGGCGGGUGGAUCAGAAUCGGAUUGGAUGCACGCGUGACGUGUCGGUGAAUCAUUGGCGCCGGUGCUGAUAGUACGAGCGAGUUCGCGAGCUAGCACUCGCCUCUCACUCUCGGGGUUCUUCCCUUUUUAGCCUAGUAGGCUAGAACAGGGAUGCCGUUGCCAUGUGAUUGAACUUGAAGUGUUUGCCUCGUCACGGUUGUAUUUCGUCAGUCUAUCAGCCUGCUGUUUGGUACUUCCGUACUUGUCACGUUGAGCAACUGGGCAACGUGCGUUUGCUA